ACGGUGAGACAUCAUUAGAGACGCUGCCGCAAUGCACCUACAGUAGUGCUUUAUCAAAAAACGUAGAUGAUCUACAGAUCAAUUUGUUUUUGAGACAUUAGUUGCUACUUUCGACCAAUCAAACUGAAGAGGUUUUUGCUUUUCCUACAAUCGAGAAAUUGUUGCAACGUCGCUGCUCUUCGGGAUAAAGGCCUUAACCUCUGCCCACCUUCCUUGAGGUUUGAGACGGAUUGUGCAAUUCUGCCAGACCUCAGGAUGCAUAUGAAUAGCUUAUUGAAUCAAUGGACCGAUAUCUCAGAGAUGUGCGAGGUGGAUGUGUCCUCAGAGCCCAGCAGCCCCACGCUCUACGGAGAAUCCUCCGACACCUACUGCCAUGUUGACCGCUGGCAGAAGCUGCGGACCGCCGUCCGCAAGCUGGAAUUCUGGGAAAACUUCAGCGCAGAGCUCAUCGGGAGUGGAUUCUUCUCUAAAGUCUACAAGGUGAUGCACACCACAACGAGGAAGGUGAUGGUGGUGAAGAUCUAUAAGAAUGACGUGGACCAGGACAGUAUUGUAAGAGAGAUCAGCCUCCUGCAGAAGCUCUCGCACCCCAACAUUGUCCGGUAUCUGGGCAUCUGUGUGAAGGAAGAUAAGCUCUACCCAAUACUAGAGUACGUAAGCGGGGGGUGUCUGGAGGAGCUCCUGGCCAGGAAGGACGUGUCACUCAGCUGGCGUGAGAAGGUGGACCUGGCCUGUGACAUCACACGGGGGAUGAUCUACCUGCACUACAAAAACAUCUACCACAGGGACCUCAACUCCAAGAACUGCCUGAUCAGGGUAACGGCACGGGGGAGGGAGGCCCUGGUGACAGACUUUGGGCUGGCCCGGGAGGUGGUGGAGCUCCCCGCUAAGGACCCCGACAGGAAGCUGUCCCUGGUGGGCUCCGCCUUCUGGAUGGCCCCCGAAAUGCUGCGAGGGGAACCCUAUGACCGCAAAGUGGACGUGUUCUCCUUCGGGAUCGUGCUCUGUGAAAUACUGGGCCGGAUCACAGCCGACCCCGAGAUCCUCCCAAGGACCCAGGAUUACGGCCUGGAUGUGACGGCGUUCCAGAAAAUGGUGACUGGGUGCCCGCCACGUGUGCUGGAGCUGGCAUCCAGCUGUUGUCUGAUGGACGCUUUCCGACGGCCUUCUUUCACAGAGCUGUUGGACGAGCUGGAAGAGAUUGCAGAGACUCUGGAACCCCCAAAUGCAGAGCUGACCACUGGCUGAGGGCUCUCCAUAAGCCAUUCUCCCCACUGCCCUCUCAAAAACCAGGACCCCAUUGAUUUGGGUAGCUGACAAGAUCUGUACCUAACAGAUCAGAGAUGGGGAAGGUCUCUCAUUGGCAGGACUCUACGGAUUAUGGGACGCUCUGUAGUGGACGUGGAACCCAAUUUCUGGAACACCACGGCAUGUGUGUGUGUGUGUAUGUGUGUUUGUGUGUGUGUGUGUUGUGUGUGUGUGUGCGGGUGUGUGCGCAUGUGUGUGCGGGUGUGCGUGUGUGCAUGUGUGUGUGUAUGUGCAUGCGCACAUGCGUGCACGCAUCAGUGUUACCACGUAUCCAUACUAGACUGCACUCCUGAGGAUCAUAAGGUUGAACCUAUGGUCACACAAUGGUGGACUUUUUCUUUUUUUUUUCACUCCCAUGCCCCAACCUUUAACAUCAUGCAUUUGCCAUCUGAAAAGAAUGACCAAAUUUACACAAAUAUUGAGUGGAAUUUAUGUUUUGACUGAUGACAAAGGAUUCACUGUUUUAGAAAAAUGUCUAAGAAUGGCUUUUUAAUGAUUCUUUGUUUAAUUGUAUUAUUAUUUUCCUGUAAAAUAUUAUAUUGAACAGUGUGUUGGUUUAGUAACUGAUGAUACAGGCACUUUUCUGUUGAUACAAAUGUAUUUUUUCAUUCCUUUUUCCUUUUGUGUGUUUUUGUAGUUGUUUGUUGACCUUGUUUUUCAUGGUUUCCUUUCAUUGGCUGGACAGAGAUAUAUUAUAUUGGCCAAUGGGUUUUUUAAAAUGCAGUGGGUUUUUUAAAGUGCUGCUAUUACACAGGUGAUUACUGAAAUGAAUUAGCCACUGAGCUCAACUCUAUGGAAACUCUUUCUUGGAUUUCCUUAUACAAACACAGACAACAGGAGUCAAGGUGUCUGGACUGAGCAUGCCUUGAAUGGUUUGUUUGUUUCGUUUUCCUCAUACCAACCAUUUUAAUUCACCCACAGAUCAUGUUUUUGUAGGAUAGAUUCAGAUUUGAUAGCAUCUAACAAGGAAGUCAGUCAGUGUGGUGCCAUCUUAUGAAAUCUCGUUUAACUAGCUUGAGCUGCAGCAACCAUCUUAAUUGCUGUAGUAACUCAAUUACCCCUGUAAUCCAGAUUUACUAUGAACAUUGGUGGCUUGAGUUCAAUCCUUUGUGUUCUCUCUCACUGCUUGUCUUUCCGAACUCGUAUCAUAUAUCUGUAUAUGUGUAAAUAUUUUGGUUGUACAGGCAGGUUGUCUCAUAAUAUAAACAAUGUUGUUAUGGUAUAUCACUGGUGCUACCACCUAUUCCUCACAUGUUAAGUGCCAGAGAGCUUUCUAGGAGGUUUCUCAGUAUUUCCUGAGUCAAUGAGGAGUUUGAUUUUCACUGAUUUACUGCACACAAACAGUGGCAUAAGAAAACAUCUCAAGGCGUUUAGUUGUGUGGACCAAUCAGAGAUGGACUGAUGGGUUGUGGAAGACGGGAAUUGUGCAGCACUGGAACCAAUGGUGCGAGACCUGAGGCAGAAGACAGAAUAGAAUGGGAGAUAGAAAGAAUGUAUUUUCAGAGGGUAUUUUCAGAAUUGUUGGACUUCAGCACUAUAUAGCAUAACCACACAACCAGAUCAUGGUGGUCCAAGGAGCUCUGACAACCUCUUGUUUAAAACAAAUUAUUAUGCUUUUUUUGUACUAUGACAUGUUCCAUUGUGGGCCGCUUCAGACCGUUCAGUCAGGUCUGCUGCAUAUCAUGGUGGAAUCAAUGUUCUUUCUCAGGAUCUUCAAAAAAUAUAAUUAAAAACCCUUAAUGGAAGCCGACAGAUCAGCACAAGUUCUGGAGAGUCACCGUUUGUUUAUUUGGCUGUUGAUUUAAAUGACUAUUGCUUUUUCAUACCAAGAGAAAGAAAAAAAAUGUUCUACCAUUUUUUCUAUUAUUUCAAAGUUGCAAACACAGUUGUGCGCUGUAAAUAGAAAGGCUUUUCUCCAUUAAAUUGCUUGAGGGAAAAUGCUGAAUAAAAAUUUUAAAAACCAC